CUAAAGAGACACGGAGACCAACCAAAAACUACCUUAAGUAUUAACACGCGCUGACGGGCAGAAGAUCAACGUGAAAUGGAGGACCAACUCGAGCUGAACCCUAACUCGCUCAAUGGACUCACUGAGUCCAGCGCGCUACCGCACUCGUUAAAAGAAGUCGACGACGAUGACGACGCGCCUGUUCUCAGCUCGCAUGCCCUCGCCGCACUCAAGGAGUUCCUCUCCGAGCAGCAGAGCCACCACUCCGCCGCUGCAGAAGGAGAAACCGCAACCGCCGUCGAAGAAUCCAAGGUUUCUCUGGUUUCGGAGGAUUGGAGGUUGAGUCAGUUCUGGUACAGCGCGGAGACCGCGAAGACCAUAGCUGAAGAGGUCCUCAAGCUCUGCAAUGGCAGCGUCAAUUCUCCCGUUGCCUGCAUCGCUUGCCCUACCCUCUUUGCUUAUCUCAAGAACAUAGAUCCUAAUGUUCCUGCACAACUUCUUGAGUAUGACAAACGUUUUGAGCAGUACGGAAGUGAUUACACAUUUUAUGACUACAAUCACCCUGAGGAGUUGCCACCGGAGUUGAAGCAUUCCUUCAAAAUAGUAGUGGCAGAUCCUCCUUACUUGAGCAAAGAGUGCUUGGAGAAAGUUGCUGAAACAAUUUCUGUGCUCAUAAAACCCGGAGAAUCAUUUUUGCUUCUACUCACAGGUGAAGUGCAGAGAGAAAGGGCAGCUGAGAUAUUGGGAUUGCAUCCUUGUGGUUUUAGACCUCAGCACUCGAGCAAACUUGGAAAUGAGUUUAGGCUAUUCACAAACUAUGACCCUGGAACAAGACUAGGAGGGUGGGAAAGAUAGGUAUUUAUGUCCCAGUAGCUUCUCGCACACUGAAUUAUCUCAUGUAUGCUAUAGAUUUUGUCUUGAUAUAAUUGUGGUCAGUUCCUGGGUUAUGCACUAUGAAGAUGAAAGAGUUGGAAUCUGGUUCACAGUGCUUCAGUUUGCCGAUUUCACAUUGUUUGGCACCAAUGAAGCUGGUUUUCUUGGAAUGAUGAUCAAAUACAAACCAAUAUUUUCUUUUGUGGCGUGAAUGUUGCCUGAGUAUCUUGAACAAGGAGCAUAAUUUUGACUUUGCUGAUUAAGCUAUUGUACUAAUGCUUACCAAGAAUCUUAGUUUUGUUCAUGUAUUGAACAGUUAGUUGUAUUAGAUUGUGAGACAAUGGUUUCUUUAUAGCCAAACUUCCACUCUUUUUCUGGUAGUGGAAGGUUGAGAUAAAUCUUUGAGCUAACCAAUCUAAUCUCAGUUUACAUACUUUGUUGCUUGCAAAUGAUUUUAAUGAUACUUAACCUUCGUGCA